UCUGUGAUUAUAAGAAGCCAUUGAUCGUAUCUGAGAUUAGCAGCAAGAACGUGGGUCUUCUUCUUCUUCGUCUGCUCUUUUGUUUUCUUUCUGCCAUUAGUUUCCACAUAUUAGAGGUGCUCAGUGCCAAACUAAUAAGAAGCAUCGUUUCAUCUUCUCCCCAGUUCUGUCUUGGGUUUGACUAAAGUUACAACCCUUAUCUAUCAGGUAAAAGCAGAAAAAAAAAAGAUAGACGAUGAGUAGAUCACCAGAAACUCUUGCCCUUCCUCCUCCUCCUUCACCUUUUCCUCCUCCAUCUCAUACCGUCUUCGUGGCUCUUAGUGAGAGCAGGAAAAACAAAAAUGUAGUUACAUGGUCCCUUGAAAAAUUUGCUCCUGAAGGAAAUAUUGGCUUUAAGCUACUUCACAUCCAUCCAAGGAUUACUUCUGUACCUACACCAAUGGGGAAUACAAUCCCUAUAUCCGAGGUACGAGAUGAUGUAGUAGCUGCAUAUAGACAGGAAGUGCUGUGGCAGGCUGAAGAAGUUCUUAAACCUUAUAAGAAAAUGUUCGAGCGGAGAAAAGUUGCAGUAGAAGUUCAUGUGAUCGAGUCAGAUAAUGUGGCAGCAGCUAUAGCUGAAGAAGUUACACGAAAUUCGAUAGAGAGAAUUGUAAUUGGAGGCUCAUCCCGUAGCUUUUUCUCAAGGAGAGCUGAUAUGUGCUCGGCGAUAUCGGCUUUGGUGCCGAACUUUUGUACAGUCUAUGUUGUUUCAAAAGGAAAAUUGUCAUGCAUCCGACCAUCAGACUCAGACGGAAAUGCAACUAUAAGAGAUGAUGGUAGUGAAAGAACCAACUCCUCCAGCGGUUCUUCCGGUCCCAACUCAGAAUCAACAGAUGGAGUUUCAAGCACACUGGACUCUCAAUCUCGUGCUCUGUCCCUUCCGGUCAGGAGAUUACAGCAUGUCCCGGGAGUUGCUAGACAAGCAUCAGUUCCAAUGGACACAAGUUCUGUUGGCUCGGAUGAAACCAGGCGCAUGUCUUUGGAUGGGGAGGAAGCUAAAGAUGUUUCGAGUAUCAAUAGAAGCAGCACGGAUACUACAUCACGUUGGACUCCACGUCUUAGAGAUUAUGAGGAGAGGAAAGACGGUAUGAGUUCUUCAUCUAGCAACCGUGAAUAUGGGAAUGCCGGUAAUAGGUUUAGUUGGACUGGCAUGGUGGUUGAUACUCCUCGCUCUAGGGCUUCUCAACAAGCUUCCAACAUGUCUGAUAAUAUAAGUGAAGAACAUUCUUAUACAGAUAACCAGGUAAACCUAAGCUUUGAGGUUGAGAAGUUGAGAGCUGAGCUUAGACAUGUUCAAGAAAUGUAUGUUGUUGCCCAAACCGAAACCUUUGAUGCUUCUCGAAAGCUUGGUGAGCUUAACCAACGUCGUUUAGAAGAAGCCAUAAAGCUUGAAGAGCUAAAGCUAAAGGAGUACGAAGCUCGAGAGUUAGCAGAAAAGGAAAAGCAGAACUUCGAAAAGGCGAGGAGAGAUGCAGAGAGCAUGAGAGAAAGAGCUGAGAGAGAGAUUGCUCAGAGAAGAGAAGCUGAGAGGAAAGCCGCUCGUGAUGCUAAAGAGAAAGAGAAGCUUGAAGACGCUCUUGGCUCUCCGCGGGUACAAUAUCAGCACUUCACUUGGGAAGAAAUUGUAGCUGCCACUUCAUCGUUCUCAGAAGAGUUAAAGAUUGGAAUGGGAGCUCAUGGAUCUGUUUACAAGUGUAACAUGCAUCAUACAACCGCAGCUGUCAAAGUUCUGCAUACCGCUGAAAGUGGUCUGUCCAAACAGUUCCAACAGGAGCUUGAAAUCUUGAGCAAGAUUCGACACCCACACUUGGUACUCCUUCUAGGAGCAUGCCCUGAGCAAGGAGCUUUAGUUUAUGAGUACAUGGAAAACGGUAGCUUGGAGGACAGACUGUUCCAGGUCAACAACAGUCCACCGCUCCCAUGGUUUGAGCGGGUUAGGAUCGCAUGGGAAGUAGCAGCAGCUCUUGUCUUCCUCCACAAAUCAAAACCUAAACCAAUCAUUCACCGUGAUCUAAAACCGGCAAACAUCUUACUUGACCACAACUUUGUCAGCAAAGUCGGAGACGUUGGACUCUCAACAAUGGUUCAAGUCGACCCUUUGUCAACUAAAUUCACUAUAUACAAACAAACAAGCCCUGUGGGAACGUUAAGUUACAUGGAUCCAGAGUAUCAACGCACGGGAAUGAUAUCAUCUAAAUCAGAUGUGUAUUCAUUUGGAAUGAUAGUUCUUCAGCUCCUCACAGCAAAACCGCCUAUGGCAUUGACACACCUCGUUGAGAGCGCUAUGGAUAGUAACGAUGAGUUUCUCAAGAUUUUAGAUCAGAAAGCUGGUAACUGGCCUGUUGAAGAAACUAGAGAGUUGACUUCAUUGGCUCUGUGUUGCACAGAGUUGCGUGGGAAAGAUAGGCCUGACUUGAGAGAUCAGAUUCUUCCGGCGCUCGAGGGCCUAAAGAAAGUAGCUGAGAAGGCAAGGAAUUCGAUUUCCGGUGUGCCUACUCAACCUCCGUUUCAUUUCCUCUGCCCCUUACUUAAGGACGUGAUGAACGAGCCAUGCGUUGCGGCUGAUGGAUACACAUAUGAUCGUCGUGCGAUAGAGGAGUGGUUUGAGGAGCACAACACGUCGCCGAUGACUGACACACCGUUACAUAGCAAGAACCUUUUGCCCAACUAUACUCUUUACACAGCCAUCAUGGAGUGGAGGUCUAGACUAAAGUAAAACCAAAAACUGUGUAGCGUUUUUUUCUGGUGUAUAAACGGCAAGACGUUCUCCCGUGUAUCUUUCUGUUCUGUUCUUUCAAAGCGAACUUUUUUUUCCUGUGAUUCUAAAGAUAACCCGAACUUAUAAUUAAU